UUUCCUCCCGCAACGAGCGCGAGCCGUGCAAAUUGAGCAACAUCCUGGCACGCGACUGUGAAACACCUUUCGAGUGGAUCUGUUUUACCUUUUGGCUUCGGUCCGUGUAAAUACUGUCAUUUAACGAAAGGAUACUUUCGAGUAUUUGUCUUAACAUGUGAGCAGCGCUGUUUAUUCAGAGGAGAAGAGAGAGGGUAUGAAGGGGUGUGAAGAUGUUGCACUCGGUGUAAGGUUUUCAGCCUUUUCCUCUCACCUUUAGUCGAGGAUAUCGCGUAAAUAAAUGGAGGACCGCACGGACGGACGAGAGUCGGCGGAUGCUGCUGCUGUCAUCGUCGUUGAGAACGAAGCAGAGAGCAUGCAAGUGCAAGAGGAGAAGUCCGAGACAACCGAGCAGAAUUACCUGGACAUCUGCCCUGUUUGCCGUCUGAACUUUCACAGUCGAGAGCCCAAACUUCUUCCCUGUCUGCACUCCUUCUGCAAGAAAUGUUUACCUCCACCCUCCAGGAAUUUGGCCAUGGCUGAACCACCGAACUCCCAGGUUGACAGGACGACCAAACCACGUGAGUCACUUUGUUUACAAACAAUGACCAUGGAUCUGUAAGAAAGGAGGGUCACCUCUCCUUGUCCAUGCAUGUCAAAUGGUAUAUUUAUUUCAGGUUUAUGAGAAACAGGCGUAAAUCCUAGUUAAGUCUAAACUGUGUGUGAUUCUAGUGAAUGUAAUCCGCUGCCCAGUGUGCAGACAGGAGUGUAUGGAGGUAGAUGUGAUGGAGAACAUCUUUGUGAAGGACUCAGUGGAGGCUCCCAGCAGCACAGUGGAGAAGAGCGCCCAGGUUAGUGACAAAAUGCAUCACAAUAUAAUAAGUAUGUUGUCAUAUUUCUAUUUUUCUGAAGUCUAAAACCUUGUGCUUGGGUAUCAGUGUUUCUAUGACAUCUUUAUCUGGUACUGAAGUAUGUUUGUUUUCCUCUAUCAUAGAUCAAUUUACACACCAGAUUAUACCCUCCACUUUAUUGCCUCCUUUUUCAGCCUCUCAUGCUUGUAUCAUCUUCCCGCAGCUCUGCAUGACUUGCGAUGACAACACCGAAGCGGCCGGGUUUUGUGUGAACUGUGUCGAGUACCUGUGUGCCACCUGUGUGGAGGCCCACCAGAGAGUUAAGUUCACCAAGGACCACACCAUCAAGCUGAAAGCAGAGGCAUCACAAGGUCUUCUUACUGCUUUUGUCUCAACGUUUUCUUUUGUGAAAUACCUUUGGUGUUACCAUGACAAAGGAAAGAGCUGUAGCAGGAUCAGUUUUUUAGUGUCACGCUGUGCUUUGGAUGAAGGUGAUUUUUUUUUGUUUCUAAUACAGCAGAUGAGCAGUUGAAAACAUUCAAACUGUGAAUUCUGAUGUACAAUUGCAACCCUGUUGUGUGCCAAUAAUGACUUUACCUAGACUAAAUCAUCUUGACUCGAAUAAAACUCAGAGAUCAUCUAUAACACCUGCUGUCCUUGAGUGUUUUAGAGGCUAUCCUUGUGAUUUAAGGCAGGAAUCAGCCUCAAAAUGAAGAAUAUAUUUCAGACGUUUGGACCUCUUCCUUUAAUCAUGUCACUCUAAACUUACUCAUUGCCAACUGUAAUUAAUCCACAAGUAAAAUAAAUGAAAAUAAACCUUAAGUAUUCAUGUUUUAAUGUUAAACCCUGUGACUUUUCAGACAGUUACCUUUGUAUCAUGACCCUUGCGCUGAUUUUCAGAGGUCCAUGGCGGGUCGACUCUGAGGCCGAUGUUCUGCGACAUCCACAAACAAGAACCACUGAAGCUGUUCUGUGAGAUGUGUGACCUGCUAACCUGUCGGGACUGCCAACUGGCCAAGCACAAGGAGCACAAGUACAGUUUAACUAGAUUUCAUGAUGAAUUUACACCAGGGCAUCAAACAUCAAGGAUUAUACACCAUGUGCGGACUCUUAAACUCUGUUACACCUAACAUGUUUUACUAAGUCAUUACAAAUAUGAAGCCAAAAGAUAAGUUGACUGUUCUAGUAGUGCCCAAAGUGUAAAUAUGCACUAAUAUUAUGAAAUUAUAUAACAUUUAUUAAAUGUUAUAACUGACUGAAUAUUCCCUUGGGCUAGUUACCAGUUCCUUGAAGAUGCUUACAAUAACCACAGACAGCACAUGGACAACUUGACUCAGCAGCUGCAGGAGAAAAAGAAACUUAUAGAGGAGGUAGCAAAGUCCAUAAACAAUGGGUAUGUAUUUCCACCGUAUAACCUGCUUUAAUAAGAAUGAAAGAUCUUUUGGCUUUUAAACCUUAUAAACAAUAACAACUGUCCAAUAGUUUUUCUACAUAUGGUCUUUUGAACUUCUGAUUGUUUAUUGUUUGCUUUCCAGACUUCUUCAGGUUGAUCAGAACCGCUUGUCCGUUCAUAAUGAAAUAAAGAAAUCUAUCUGCACUUUGAUUCUGGAGAUCAACAAAAAGGGAAAGAUGCUUGUUAAUCAACUGGAGGUAUAAAUUAAUGUUUGUGUUUGAAACAUGGCUGAAAUAAUGCAUGAUUUUUAUCCCCCAUGCUGUAGACUUACAUCCAGAAGAACCCCACUUUCUUGAGAUCUCUGCUGACUGUUUUAUCCCGAGGCCUUGAAUGCAUACCCUGAAGCUGUUUAAACACUGCAGAUGUUCACUUAUUCAUGUUUUCCAGGCUGUAACAAAAGAUCAUGAAAGUGUGUUGCGAAAACAACAAGAGGACAUCGGCUAUCUAUCCCGACACCUGGAUCAUGUUAUCAACUUCACCAAAUGGGCCACGGCCAAGAGUGGGGGCACGGCGCUCUUGUACUGUAAACGUCUGGUAAGGUUUAGUUUCCUGAUGGACUCAAAAUUAUUUCAACACAGACUGGUUUUCUUGAUGUGAAUCUAGGCUCAGCUCUAAAAGCAGGUUUAGAGUCUGGUGUGUUUGUACAGGAUGAAGUAGGAACAUAUGCUUUCUGUAACAUGCAAGUGACCUCCUCUGAAAAUUAUUAAUAUCACGCCGUCUGUUGCAGAUUCUGUUUCAGAUUGGAAACCUCCUGAGGGCAAAAUGUAGUACCUCAUUUGUACCACAGAGCACUGCACGCUUCCAGUGUCGAGCUGCUUACUGGGCCUCAAAUGUUGAUCUGGGUAAGGCAAACGGAUCCUGAAAAUAGUUUCCCUACAGCCUGGACACGUUUUAUUUUUUCAUUUUUUCAUUCAAUUAGUUUUUGAUUCCUUUCAAUACCAUGAUAUAGUGUGUAGAUGACUAAUCUCAAGAAUAAUGCUACAACAGUAAAAGGACACACAAACUUGUGCCACAUAUUAAGGCCAGACUGAUGAUUAGAGCUUAAAUUCAGGCUGAAGUGGAGCCUGAUGGGCUUAAUAAAUCAGAAUGACAGCAUAACAACCUAAAGCUAGUGAUUUUUCUAUCAGAUAUAUGUCAUAAUCAUGAUCCUUUAGGAGUUUCUGGUUUCAGUUCAAGAACUUAGUAAUUAAAUCAUUUUAUUCUCUAAAAACGUUACAAUGAAAUAGAUUUGUUAUAAGGUGUUUUACACCACAGUCGCUCUCGGAAAUCCCUUUUCUUUUCACAGGAUUAGUUGUUUCAUUUCAUCCAUGCAAUUGGUGAUUAUUGAUUUUAAGACUUAGUAAAUUUGAAGUAUUUUGAAUGACUCUUUGUCUCGCAAUUUGCACCACUUACCUCUUACCACUAGGUUUAUCCUGUGUUAAAAUUGAAGAAGAUCCAGACUUUUGAAUAAUAGAUAUAUUUCUUUGUUGCUAAUAUGUGAUACACUGAAAAAAGCUUGGCCUCGAUCCAUCAGUCGCUCUUUGUCAUCAUCAUCAUUGCUCCCUUUUGAGUGGGAGUAACUCCGUUUAGAUACUGAGUGAUCCAAGAUUACUGCUCCCUGGACAGCUGUAUGGUUUAAAAUAGAGUAGUUCCCAGAAACCACAUCAGAACUUUUUCUACCAAAGGACAAAAACAGUUUCUUUAAAUGUGAGAAAAGAAAAUGGGAAUAUUCCUGGUUGGGUUAAGUUUAUAUGUUGGGAAAAUGUAGCAGCUGCAAUUAUUUUGAUCUCCUCCUGAUUGGUUAUGUAAUUGUACCAUCUUUAGUUUUCUUUCUCCUUUAACAUAAAGUUCCCAAACUUUCUGCUGCAUUAUUACCCAAGCCUUGUCUCUGCUGUAGUGCAGUCUGUAUUGUGUUUUUGUCACCCUUACUUGUUAUGCUCAUCCUGUCUCUGUGUGUAUAUUACCUCAGGCUCUUUAGUGGUGGAGAGCACGCCAGGCCACCAGCUGGGUGGAUUUCAGGGUAUCCCUCACCAGCUCCCCUACCCUGGGCAAGCCCCCUCAGGCUCCCCCCACAGCUUUGCCUUGGGAGCCCCCCAUAACACUCUGGCUCAGCUCCAAAUGCAGGUGGACAAGCUGAACCCACAAGUCCACUGGCAGCCCCAACCACCUCCUCCUCCUCCCUGGAUGUGUUACCAGAGCGUUCGUCUACAGAGAACCGUUCCAGGGCCGCUACACGGAGGCUCUCCAGGACGCAGGUUUAUGGUGCCCCCUCCUAACCACGUCAGCCCAACUAGCAGCCUACUGAGCCCUGGGUUUACGCCCCAGGUUAGUUUGCGUUUCUGUGAGUGAAUGUGCGUGCGUGCUCGUGUACGUGUGACUGACAAGGCUUCGUAACGAGCAGCGACAGCAGACGGCAUUGUCCUAAAUAGAGCUGACAGCCUUCACAUCCUGGGCAAUUUGUGUCUUUUCCUGUCAGGAUAGAUUUCAAUCUCAGACAAACUAAGGACUCAAAAUCAAAAAAUAAAAGAGCUAAAUCUGCAGCGCAGCAGCAGCAGCAGCCAACACGUGACGGAGAACAGACAAACGAUUCCAUAAGAAAGGGUUGAUAUCAUCUCAUCAGUUGUUUAGUCUAGUUCACAGAGUGUUUUGGCUUCAGGUCUGAAGAAUAAGCUCAUUCUUAGGACAAUACUGGCAUGUGGAGUGUACACAUGAAUUGUGUCAUACUGAUGAGAACAAGCUGUUGCAUAAUGGAGUCUUAAGUGUUGUUCUCAAUGAGGCAAUGCAAGUGUUUUUGUAUAUCUUACAAUCAAACAACACCGAGCUUUCUAGCAUGCUGUUGUAACGCCUAAGUAAGCUUUAUCAGGAUGUCUUUGCUCAAGAGGGUUGCUGUGUAAAUAAAUGAGCAUUUGACUCCACUAGAAUGAUGUAUUAGGGUAAAAAUUUUAAUAGGAAGAGGUAAGCGUCAAGUCUUUGGGGUUUGAUUAUUCUUUUGAAAAUUAUAAGUAAUGGAAAAGGCUUAAAAAACCAUGACUGCUGUGUUUAAAAACAAGAGGUUAGGACCGAAACCGAUUUAUCCUCGGCUUUUGACUACACAUGAAACUCAAGAUCUACAUAAAAUUUAUCUAUGAUCUUCUAAGCUUAUCCAUGCCCAGUUUUAAAUGCAUAUGUUUCACACUCAAAACUUUCUUGGAUUUUAUUUGCAUAUAAUAUUAUCUAAAAUAGCAGUUUCUACUUACAACCUGCUUUAGUAAACUGGUGUUAUUGUGGUCCCCAGUGCUGAUCAUGUGUGGUCUUAGUUAUAGUACACCCACUGUGACAGACUAGGGCUGUCACUUCGGGCAAUGGCUACUGCCAUAAUGCUAAAAUGCUCCACUAGCUAAUGUAUGUAGACAUGCACAGAUGACAUCUAGUAGUGUGGCAUGAUAUGGUCACUGUGUCUGGUUAAACUGACAUGCAUCAACUCAACUGGACUAAUGCACAAUCAGCACAGACGCGUGGAUACAAACCUUUAUGUUCACUAAAGAUUAGUAGGAUCACCGCUGCUAGCUUUAGUUACACUCUGAAAAACAAAUCUAAUGUUUUAUACCAGCAGAGUCCCACGUCUAGUCUAUAUUUGAUAGUUUUCUCAGUGAUUUAACCUUUAGACUGAUUGGCUCAGUCAGAAUCUAAACUAAACCUGUUUUAACUUGUGAAUAUCUCUGAUACAUUAAGAUUUAUAUCUCUAGUGUUUCUACAUGAAACUUAAGACCUUGUUCAGUGUCGAUGACACAAUUACCAUAUAAAUGCACUUUUUAAAUACAUACUGACUGUAGAUUUGCAUGAUUUUACUGGCAUGUCAUAUUAAAUAAAGACAAAAAAAAAUUAAACUGGUUGUAAAAUAGUGCUUGAUUAAAACUUGUAUUUGCAGCCUUCAGUGUUUCAGUCAGGAGUUAUGAAACAGACAGAAUUGAAAAGUGGUGCCUCUUUAUGACCUUUAAAAGCAAAACAGUACCAUCAUCAAAAAUAUUUAUGUAUUUUAUAUUGUGAUUAAAAACCAUUGAAUUUCCCUUUGGGGAUCAGUAAAGAUCUUCUUCAUCUUCCUCAUGAAGAAAAGACAAUAUAAAGCUCUACUUUGUCCAUAGAUAAUGUUGAUAUAAGUAAAACAUUUGUCUGAAAAAGAAAGUUGGAUAUUUUCUUUAAGAAAUCAGCUUUCACAUGUACAGGAGAGAGAUACGAGGUAUCACACUGUCCACAAGGGGCGCCAAAACCUACAAAAACAGAAAUGUUUAAGGUAUUAAGAAAAUGAUUGAUUUUAAUACUUUAUAUAACAUACUGUGUAUAAUGCUGUCUUUGAGAAAAAUAGUUUUUUUAUGAAAAGGCUUGGUUACGCUGGUCAUUGCCUGGGGAUAUUGACCCAGACACUCAUUAUAGGUGGACCCUUUCAUCUGCACCUUCAUCCCCUCAGGGAUGUGUGUGGCACGGCAACUAUUGCAUCAUUUCUCUUUACCCAUCUUUCUCUCUCUCUCUCUCUCUCUCUCUUUUUCUUUCACUCGCAGCCUCUGAGGAUGUUGGGUAGCAGCCCCAGCUACCAGCCCAAACCUGUGGAGGGGUUCUCCUCUUCACCUCUAUACACUCACAUCACAGCCGUGCCCAUCAAUGGUGGCAUUAGUCCAUCUCAACUCAGGCACACGGCAAGUAACUGCAUCCAUUCAUUCAUCUUUAUGGAUAUUUAUGAUUUUAAUAAUGCCCUAAAUGGCCUCCACUCCUGUGUUUAGAUUGAGCCCGCAUAUCUGGAUAGGAGAAAUGAUUCUGGUGGUCCAUUAUGUUUGCUGAAAACAAAUUAUCCCCAGAGCCUGCCACCUUCCAUGCCUGACAGAAAUGGUAAGUCUGUGCUGUUAUUGUGCAUUUUAUUAUGCAGAUUCUAUGAUUUACUGUAAUUUUGAUUAAAAGAAAAACAUUCAUGCUUUUCCCAAGUGCAAGGGCAGCAGUGUUCACCAGGGUACGCUGCUGUAUCCCAGGAGGAAAAAACAGGGUGAGGGCACAGCUGUGCACAUACAGAUUCACACAUUCACACACAUACUCAUUCUGUCUCUCUCUCUUUAUCUAGUUAUAUUGCUCAUUUCUUUUUAGUCUUUGGUUCUCUUCCUCUUUUUGUACUAAUUGGUCCAUGCUUAUUUUUAAAGGUCUAUUUCUUGGAAACCUCCAGAAACACACACAGCAGGCCGAGCGGUGGGAUCAGCUGUGAAGAAACGAAGAAGGUCGUCACCAGAGCCCAUCAUCGUCAUUAAAGAUGAGCCGGAUGAUGACAGUGGCUAUGUGAGGAGAUAAUAAAUCAUUACUACAGUCCAUUAAUAUUCAGUCUGUGUUACAGGUUGUAAUUGAGGUAAACACUUUGAUUAUAGGUACUAUACUGAGGUCAUGCUUGUGGGUUCUGGAUAAAUCAUGAAUACAAAUUGAAACUAGAAAUGCAGGAGUCUCACCGCCCAGGCCUUAUUUUGUGAUUUUUAGUCAUUACUUUUUAUUUGUCUUAGUCAAACUACUUCACAAUCCACAAUAAUUGAUCAUACUGUACAUAAUUACAUUUUAAAAUUGGCUGACUCUGCACUUAUUUGAGUCGCUUCUUGAAACUAACUUUUAUUGGAGAGCUUCUCCCGACUUUAUUUAACCUAAAAUAUUAUGAUUUUAAGUUCAAUUGGUUUCAUGAUCCGAGUGGGUUGAUCCCUUUAAAAAAAUUUUUGUUAAUUUUGCAUUUUUCUGUUUCCUGCCAUGAAAAGCACUUUGUUUUAAGAUUUUGGAAAGUGCUCUUUAAAUGAAGAUUAUUAUUGUUAUCAAAUUAUCACUGUGUAAGAGACUGAGCAACCAGGCAAAGGACAAAGGUGUGGGAAAAGAUUUUGAUCCUUUAAUUUUACUCAAAAAAAGCAGAAAUCAAUAACAAAACAUCCAACUUAAUGUGGUAGAAAAUCAACAAAAUCUGAGCCCACACUAAAAGAGGUGAACUCAGCCAAAAAAAGGAACUAAAGUUACAACCUAACAAACAUAAUCAGCUACAAACUCAGACAAACACCAUCAAAUUAUCCAAAACAAAUUUUUACAGAAAAAAACUAAAUACUCUGUUCUGACUGAAAGCAUAAAGACAAAGUUUUUAUAAAGAAUCAAAAGUUCAAGCUUCUCCUUGCUUCCCCCUUGAUGGUUUGUCCCACUUCCCGUGGGUGGGCUCAAGAGGCCAUCUUGGAGAUGCAGACAGUGUUUAGUCAGGUGAGCUCGAAUAAAGACAAACAAAAAGGUAAGUAUUACUUUGAAAUGACAUAAACUCAAAUUGAAUCAUGAUGAAGAAAAUUAAACCAUGUGACAGUUUGUCAACUAAAUUGUGUGCAUGAUCCUGCCAUAAAUGCAGUAAAAGUGAAUUCUUUUUUAACGAAAACUGUGUUAUGUGAUUUUCCUAAACUGAAACGGAUUUACUGUGUCAAAACCGAAAAACGAAGAAAUACAAACACGAGGCGGUCGUUGAGGCCACCACACACUGUUACCUUUGAUAGGUGUUGUAAUUGGAGGUUUACAUCACGCUGUAACAUUAUGUUAUUAAAAUAUAUUCAGAGCAGAUCUUGAAACUGGACGCCUAUUGCUUUUUUAAAUUUUCACCAGCAUAUGGAUCUGACACCUCUGUGGCAGAUGUACCGACCCAAUCACAGUCCUUUUUUCAAGUGACAACAAAGACGCUCUGCAUUUUCCUCCUCUAAGUUGGUUUAAUGUUUUGAUUAACUACUGGGCUUUGUGUUCCCUUUUUUUAUUUCUUUUUGAUUGCAGGUACAUUCAAAUCAAAGAGUCAGCCUCCCUGACAGCACAGGUGACCAGCCCCAAAUCUACACCCAAGGCGAGCCAAACCAAGUCCCAACUCCUCGUCAAAGCACUGAGGACAAACCCCACAGCCUUAACAGCCUCAGGGACCAGAGUGAGACCCAUGAUCCAAAUCACACCCCUUCACUGGGUCGAGUACAGCAGGCGGAGCAGCAACGAGCUCCUCUGAAAGCCUCAAGUGAAGUUGUGUGUGCCGUGUGUCGGAUUGGGGGUGAUUUACUACACUGCCAUAAGUGUCCCAAGGUGUUUCACCUGUCGUGCCACGUUCCAACUCUCCUCAAAUCUCCCAGGCAAGCUCCGUCAGGGGAAAUUUAUUCAAAGAUGGUCUCAGAUGGAAAUUCAGUAUGUCAUGUUGUUUUUAAUUUUCAAGUUUAUACCAGAAUCAAGAAGUUAUCUUACUCUAUGAGAUGACAAAAGACCCUCCGGCUGUAUAACAAUGAGUUUUUGACAAGUUGUUUUCACAUUUUGGAGGUGUGAGGUUUUCGAUCUGACAGCAGUGAUAUGCUGUUGUUAAUGGAUGCUCCUGCUUACUGGCUUUAACGGAGAUUUAUUGUGUCUGUACUCUUUCUUUCCAGCGGGGAAUGGCUUUGCUCUCUCUGUUGUGACCCGUUACUCCCUGAGAUGGAGUAUGAAAGCAAACCCGAAGCCAAAGCGGUGAAGACGGAGCCUGAUUCUGACGGAGGAUUUUCCCCCGUGGAUAAACGGGUCAGUGCUCAUCUUUACAAUGAAGACAAACAAAUCCUGAAAAGAUUUGCUGGAGGAGGCGGGAUUUAUGACUUAUACUGCAGCCCGUCACCAGACGGUGCUGUUCUUGCUGUGGCUUCACCCAGUGAGGAGGCAGACUCUGUCCAUUCUAUAUACAGUCUAUGGUUGCCACGGCUAACUUGACAACCUGAGCAAAUGUGGUUAUCACAGCUCAACACAUGGUUCAAUCACAAAACAAUCGAUAUAUCCAGUAAAAUAGUACCAAUGUUUGAAUCAAUACAAUGAAUUUAUUUGAAUAACAGCCAACAUAUUGCUAUAACCACUGUCCAAUGAAUAUAUCGCACACUGAAAGAAAAUGUAGAACUUUUUAAACUCUUCAUACUGUCACACCAUGGUGCCAAACUUUGUGAGAUAACCUCUGAAAGGCAAACCUCAACAAUGCUGCAGCUUUUGGGUUGGUCCGGUUAGUUAAAAGACUGAUCCUAUACAACAAAUAUAACUUUAAAAUCUUAGCUUCUCCAUAAUACUAAUAAUGUCUGAUACCGCUUCCUUUUUUUUACAGAAGUGCGAGAGGCUGUUGUUGCUCUUGUUUUGCAGUGACCUGAGUUCAGACUUUAAAGAGCCUGUAUCCCCCUCGGUGAGUCUGGAAGCAUGACUGACCACAAACAAAAAGUUAACGCGAUUAAUGUCCCGUUGUGUUACUGUAACUGUCAUCUUAAUGAUGUGUAAAUGCAGUGUUUAUUAGACUAACUUUAACUAGAUACUGUAAUUAAACGUGCAUUUUUUGGCUGACACAAAGCUUUUAGUGUUUUGUAUUCGUAAAAAAGCACAGAUUGUAAGUAUGAUGAAUUACACUUCUUAUAUAAUCUGUAACUUCUUCUGCACAAUGCACAAGCUUUGUGUGCCAUAUUAAUCUCAAUACCACUGCAACAUCUCCCCGUGAAGUUUUAUUGUUGUAUUAUCUCUCCCCCUCUAAAUACUAUAGCUGUGUGCUAAUGAGGGGCUGACUAUAAGGAGACCAGUGAAGCUCUACGCUGUGAAAAAACGACUGGGGGAUAAACAGAGUGCGUGUUACCAAAGCCCUGCAGAGUUUGUAGCAGACAUUCGGCUAGUCCUUGGGGGCUAUGAAAGUGAGGUAAACAAGAGAAGAAAAAAUACCAGCCCUUGUCUGUUGUGUUAUACAGUUCCUGACACCUUGUAAUCAAAUCUUUUCUUCUCAUUUCUUCCACUUAUUUCACAGCAGGCUGACACAGAGGUCAUCAUAACAGGCAGGCAGCUAAAAGAUCUCUUUGAAGAGCAUCUGAAAACCACUUUCCCCGAUCAGACCUUUCCAGAAAUCAAACAGGAGUCGAUUCCUGAAGCCCCUCCUGAGUCUUGGCACUCAUUCCUUGACAAUAUAUCCCCCCCUGCAAAACACCAUCGCAAAGACUCCCAGGAGACACCAAGCUGCCCCGGCGGAGAAGAGAAAGUCGUAUGAGAACCAGCGAUAUAUUUGUGAAAUUUUCUAACAAACGUUAAUAAUAGAAAGUUACCAUGAGGUUCAUAAAAAGGGUUUUAUACAUUCAUUGAUACAUUUUUAACCGUGUGCAUGUAGCUCCUUUUAAAGGAUUUACAGGUCAACGCUAGCUUGAUAUUGUUAUCUUAUUUUUGAGUUUCAGUACUAGUUUGCUCAUACUAAGUUAUAAGUCUACUAGCAGGAUAGAUCAGGUUAUCAACACAGUAAUUGAUGUUCGGUUGUACCUGAUAAGCUCCUUCCUGCUUUUCUCUCUGUAAGUAAUAAUUUAUGUUGUCUUGAUUUGUUUCAAGCUCCUUGAGUCGACUAAAGUGGAAUCAGAAAAGAAGCAAAGCUGAGUGAGAACACAACAGACUGAACAUAUUUGAGAAGUGCAGCUUUUUUGGUAUUGUACAGGUAAAUAUUAAGUUAUGAAGAAAUGUAAAGUUAUUUAAAGAAAAACUGUCAGAGUGAAGAGCUUAGCAUGAUGUGCAAGGAACUUUUUUUAAGUUAAUUUUAAAUUAAGAUCAAGAUUUUUUUUUUUACAGUUUCUGUCAGAAUUCGAGGGCCAGAGCACAUAACCAAAAGCCUGCUUGCAUGGAAGUGAACUGUCAGGUGUUUACAGGGUACAAUAAAAUACAAUUUUAAAUUAUGAUUUUAAUUAAAUGUGCCACUUUAUAACAGCAUAUCAGUUCAUGUGUGUCUCACUUACCUUCAGAGGGUCCAUCUAAGCUUUAAGCCUCCAUGAGGAACUCGAGGAAAAGGUUAUUUUGUCUGAUUUUGUCCUGAAAUUUUUUGUUUCUUUUUGAUAAAAAAAAGCCACCCAGCCAGAUUUUUUGCCAUGGAAACCGUAAAAGACAAGUACUCUUACUUUAUUUAUUGAUAAUCACGUCAUGUUGGUCUCAUUUGCUUUAAAAGAUCAUUUAACAACAUCAGUAUUAAUUCCAGUUUUUUCACGGCCAUUAGAAAACGUCUCACAGAUCUUUAAACAUCAGUUUAGUCACCCCUCUUUCUCCUCUUGCAACAAGUUUCCACGGUUGUGUUUCCCAACAUUGAACGAGUCCUUUGGGCCCCACAGUGCUGCCCCGCUGACUUCCCUGCUGUGUUAGCGGCCCUCAGCUGAUUGACACAGACAUGGCAGGACAAGCCUUGUUGAGCUUCAAAGGAACUGUACCUCACCCCCAACAACAAGAUUAACACUGUUUGAAAGUGACCUCGGCCACUCCAAUUUCCUCCACCUAUGAUGGAGGGGGUCAGUGCAUGCUGCUGGUUCUUGUUAAAACCCAGGGGUAGAUUUGAAGGCUGAGAAGAGGGAUGGAUGUUUACUGAGCUCCUGGAGAGUUAGAGAGUGGCACUGCUCCUGCUCUUGUUUGAGGCAUUCUUCAUUUCUUUUAUUGCCUGUUAUCUCUUUCCAGCAGUACGCUACGGAAGAGAUAAAGAACAGAUCAACCAUGACAGGAUAGUCUUUGUUGCUGUGAUAGCUGUUACACCACAAAGGAAGGGUGCCGCAUCCUUGACUGAUGGAUAUCUGCAGGAAAUGCUGCAAGAGAUAGAGUCAAAACCUAGAAGUCUUUCAGGAUCAUUUUAAUUUUUACGCUGCGGUGCUCUCUUUACCUUCCGAUGGUCUCCACUUUUCUGAGGUAGUUUUACCAACUUGCAGAAAGCCAGCUGAGGUUAGAUAAUCCAUCACAAAAAACAAUGUGUGUGCUUUUGUUGUCAUCAAAAUUAAAUAAUAUUGAAAUUUCGCAGAGUACAGAGAUUGAUUAUAAAAGAAAAACUUAAAAGCAAAGGAAAAAGAGUUUAUUUUGAUGGAUUACCUCCUCAGGCAAGUACUCAGUCUUACACAAGAGUGCGGUGUUUCUCAAGUAGGUUUUAUUGAAGCAAAUUGACUCUUGAAUACUUGUAGUGAAAAGGACACUUUUGUUACAUGUACAAGGAAGAUAAACAAGGUAAUAUUAGAACAUAAACCACAACCAGAGAGCACUUCUGCAAUAGCAUUGGUAAGGUAUACUGUUAACGAAGUCAAGUGGCUGUCUUGAAGGUACAACAAACAUUUAUAAAUGUUAAUUAUGCAUUUUAAUGGGUUUAAAGAUCCCAAACUCCAGCCUAGUCUGUUUAAAUGUGGUCUUUUAGGAAGACUAUAAACAGAGUGUAAUUACCAGCCGAAAGUGCAGACUGCGGUGGACUGAGGAGCACAGGGAUUGAGACAGACUCCUCACACAGUCCACUAAAACAGACCAGUCACCCAUUUAUGACUGUUGUAUACUUGUGGUAUUCUCUGUAUGCCUGUGGUGUGCUGAUAUCAAGUCUUUGGUGAAGUUUCUAGACCGGCCAGACUGGUGGUGGAGACAUAUGGCUCUGAUUAGACGAUCAUUUAACCUCUCUCUGUCACCAUGCCCAGAGUCAGCAGACUGAUUGAAUUUGCAGAGGGCCCAAGUUGGUACAAAAUGUUUAUAAUGCAGUCUAGCAAUUAUUUCUGCAGCUUCUUGCCAACUCUGGUAGACUCUUGUGUGUGUGUCUGUGGUUUGUUUAUACCCAGCUCACAGUUCAUGAUCACUUUGGCUGAUGGUGAGCCCACAUCUGUGGCACGGUUGCAAAGCUUAAAUUCAUUAACUUAGCAGAAAAUGCCUCAUUUUCUUUGGUACAGUUGUGAAUUUUAGUCACCCAAGAGAGGAUGCAGUUGUAUAAAACCACAUUCAAAUCAUUCUCAGUGAGUUUUAGCAUGCACAAAGAUAACUGUGGACCCUUAUUUGCAGACACUUACUGUAAAAAUAUUGAAAACUUUAUUCCCCACAUUUCCCGUGACUAAGAUAUCCGAAAGGUUUCGAAACUUACAGUCUGGACAUAGCCACAACAGAUUUUCAAAAUACCCCAAAACUGGCUCCAGAUGUU